AGUGUUGAAAAUAGAAGAGCCUGUGCAGACUAACAUGUUUCACUUCUAAAAUACACCAGGUGUGGUUUGAAGGACGCAACAAAACCACAUCAGAAAGACAUCAGAGACUCAUCACAUCACUCGCUGGAUUCACUGGAUUAUUUUUCUUUCACCAUUAUUUGGAACAAAGAAAACAAACGUGACUGGUUUGUGUCAUUGUGGUGCUGCAUGGCCCACUUUCUCCUGAGAUUCAGUUCACAGACAGAUGUUCUGAUAGUUUUCUUUAGAAUUUGCUGCUAUAAUUCAAAAUUGAUUGUGUGAUUAAUGAUGGUGAGCCAGAUGGGCCAAACCAUGAUACUAUCAGCAGCACGUUUCAUUGUAGUGGUGGUAUCAUUGAUGGGAUAAAUGGACUGGUGCUUAUAUAGUGAUUUUCUAUUUUCAUGUGGACUAAAGUAGUGGACUGACCAACAGACUGACAUUAACAUCAGAGCCGUGCUGCUAGUGUGGCUAAAAGAAAAGAGAAGAAGAGACAGUCAUGUUGAUAUGAACAUUAGAGAAACACAUCAUGGAGCUGAAAUAUGAUCCUGCUUCCUCAUUUGGACUCAUUCACCUCAGCUGACACAUUCAACAGCAGACAGGUUUUUGUAGCAGUCUGUUUCACUGUGGGAGGAAACGGCUACUACAUCUUUGGCUCUGGAACUAAACUGUCUGUAACAGAUGAGCAGGUAGUGAAGCCCGUGGUGAGCGUGUACCCAGCAGCAUCCAGAGCCCACCUGGAGGGGAACAGCUCCCUGCUGUGUGUGGCCUCAGCCAUGUUUCCUCCUCUGGUCCAGUUCUCCUGGAAAAGACAGAAGAAGAACGGCGGAGAACCGGAGGAGCUGCCCCCUGCUGAGGGAGAGCAGCUGGAGCUCAGACAGACGGGACAGGUGGUAGCCAUAAGGGUGGUUGAUCGUGAUGAUCUCUUCACAUACAUGUACAGAUGCUACCUCAAACAUGAGGGGGGCACAGUGGAGACUCCAACACAACAAGAAGUUUCUGCCUGGUAUCAGAAGUUUCUACAAUGUGUGAAGCUGCUCUGCCUGCUGUACACAGUGCUGAUAGUGAAGAGUCUGGUGUACUGCUGUGGACUCUCUCUGCUGAUGAUCCUCACAAACAAGGGACCGUCCACCAACUGCACACAUGCUGACUGACUCUUUUCUGCUCGCCUUUUCUCACCAUCAAAUCUCAUCAAUUCAUCUCAUUCAUCACUUUGAUCAGUAUCACAAAUGUUAGUUAUGAUGUGUUGUGCUUAUUUUGGCUUUUUCUUCAAUAGUUAGAAGAUCAUCUGAAAUAAAUACAUCUUUACAUGUAUUGUUACUCUGAGUUAGAAUUCUUUUUUUACUUAUUGUGACUUUUAUUGUAGUAACAAAAAUCAUCAGGUAUAUUUUUAUCACAAGUUUUCUCUUUUAUUUUUAUUUUGGUUGAUUUUCAAAUGUCAAACAGUGUAGUUGUGUUUGUAAGUGUGAAUAAUAAAGAUUUCAAGAUGAAGAA